UAUCAGUGCAGAGGUGUGUUUAUAGUGUUCGCUCUGAGGGUCUUUACUGUUCCAUCUCACAACAGGCCUGAGUCCUCCCUCUGCUCUGUGGUGAGUGACAGCCGCUGACAUUGACAUCCCCUGCAGGCAGGCAUGUUGCAAGAGCUGGUGAAAAAAACUAAGUGACUGUCAGAGAGAGAGAGAGCGAAUGAAGACAGGGUGGAAAAAAGGGAGGAAGACUUGUGUUUAGCAGCUGAAUCAGUGCCUGGGACACUCCCACGUAGCGACAGGAUCGUCCACUGGAGCUCAGGAGAUCACAAGAGUCUCGUACGGGAGACGACGUGGCCCCAGGACCUGCACAGGCCGGUUUUUAGAUUCUGAUUGUGAUCACUGAGUUGACGGCAGCGUGACGAUGGAGCCGAGGUUCAGGAACUACUCGUCUGACAGUGUGGGCAGUGUGGGGGUCUUCAUAGAGGACCCGUACAACCAGGGGAGGCUCAGGGCCAUGGACCACAGCAAAGAUGAACGGGACCGAGUUCAGAAGAAGACCUUCACAAAAUGGGUCAACAAACACCUGAUGAAGCACUGGAAGGGACAGGCCCAGAGACACAUCACCGACCUGUACGAGGACCUCAGAGAUGGACACAACCUCAUCUCCCUGCUGGAGGUGCUCUCCGGAGAGACACUGCCGAGGGAACGUGACGUUGUGAGGAACGUGCGGUUGCCGCGGGAGAAAGGACGGAUGCGCUUCCACAAGCUGCAGAAUGUACAGAUCGCUCUGGACUUUCUCAAACACAGACAGGUCAAACUGGUCAACAUCAGGAAUGAUGACAUUGCAGAUGGAAACCCAAAGCUGACCCUGGGUCUGAUAUGGACCAUCAUCCUUCACUUCCAGAUCUCGGACAUCCAGGUGAACGGUCAGUCGGACGACAUGACGGCCAAAGAGAAGCUGCUGCUGUGGUCCCAGAGGAUGGUGGAGGGAUACCCGGGCCUGCGCUGCGACAACUUCACCGGCAGCUGGAGGGACGGGAAGCUCUUCAACGCCAUCAUACACAAACACAGGCCCACGCUCGUCGACAUGGAUCAGGUUUACCGACAGAGCAACCAGGAGAACCUGGAGCAGGCCUUCAGCGUGGCGGAGCGGGAGCUGGGCGUCACCAGACUGCUGGACCCCGAGGAUGUUGACGUGCCUCAUCCAGAUGAGAAGUCCCUCAUCACGUAUGUCUCCUCGAUGUAUGACGUCAUGCCCAGGGUGCCUGACGUACAGGACGGUGUUAAAGCCAACGAGCUGGAGCUGCGCUGGCAGGAGUACUACGAGGUCGUCACCGUGCUGCUGCAGUGGAUCAGACACCACAUCCUCGUCUUCGAGGAGAGGAAGUUCCCCAACAGCUACGAGGAGAUCGAGGUUCUUUGGCGUCAGUUUCUGAAGUUCAAGGAGACAGAGCUUCCUGCGAAGGAGGCGGACAAGAACCGCUCCAAACACAUCUUCAAGUCCUUCGAGGGUGCAGUCCAGGCCGGUCUCGUCAAAGUGCCACCGGGCUACCAUCCCCUGGACGUGGAGAAGGAGUGGGGUCGCCUGCACGUCGCCAUUCUGGAGCGAGAGCGGCUCCUCCGGACAGAGUUUGAGAGGCUGGAGCGACUGCAGAGGGUCGUCAGUAAGGUCCAGAUGGAGUCAGGGGUGUGUGAGGAGCAGCUCAACCAGGUGGAGACGCUGCUGCAGACGGACGUGAGGAUGAUGAGCUCGGGGAAACCUGCUCAGCACGCAGCAGAGAUGGAGGCAGAUCUGGAGAAAGCCGAGGGGAUGAUUCGCUUCCUCUUCAACGACGUGCAGCUGCUCAAAGACGGACGCCACCUGCAGGCGGAACAGAUGUAUCGCAGAGUGUAUCGUCUGCACGAGCGUCUGGUGAACCUCCGCAGCGAGUACAACCUGCGGCUGAAGUCCGGCGUGACCAUCACCCAGAUCCCCAUGACGCAGAUCCACACGACCCAGAUCCCCAUGACGCAGAUCCACAAGGCCCAGGUCCAGGUCCUGCAGCAGGCCCCCAUGAGGCUGCGGCCCGAGCUGGAUGAAGUCACCCUCCGCUACACCCAGGACCUGCUGGGCUGGGUGGAGGAGAACCAGCGGCGCGUGGACAACGGAGAGUGGGGCUCCGACCUGCCCACGGUGGAGUCGCAGCUGGGCAGCCACCGCGGCCUCCACCAGUCUGUGGAGGAGUUCCGCUCCAAGAUCGAGAGGGCGAAGGCUGACGAGAGUCAGAUCUCUCCUGCCAGUAAGGCUGCGUACCGCGAGUAUCUGGGAAAACUGGAGCUUCAGUACGGAAAACUCCUGAGCGCCUCGAAGGCCCGUCUGCGCUACCUGGACCAGCUCCACGCCUUCGUCAUCGGCGCAACCAAAGAGCUGAUGUGGCUGAACGAGAAAGAGGAGGAGGAGGUCAACUACGACUGGAGCGACCGCAACCCCAACAUGGCGUCAAAGAAAGAGAACUACUCGGGUUUGAUGAGAGAGCUGGAGCUCAGGGAGAAGAGGGUGAACACGGUCCAGACCACAGGAGACAAGCUGCUGAGAGACGGACACCCUGCCAAGCAGACUGUGGAGGCGUUUACUGCAGCUCUGCAGACUCAGUGGAGUUGGAUCCUCCAGCUGUGCUGCUGCGUCGAAACCCACCUGAAAGAAAACACGUCCCAUUUCCAGUUCUUCUCUGACGUGAAGGAGGCAGAGGAGCGGAUUAAGAAGAUGCAGGACACGAUGAAGAGGAAGUACACGUGCGAACGGAACGUCACGGCCACGCGGCUGGAAGACCUGCUGCAGGACGCAGCUGAUGAGAAAGAGCAAAUGACAGAGUUCAAAACUCACCUGGAGGGUUUGAAGCGAAGAGCCAAGACCAUCGUCCAGCUGAAGCCACGAAACCCCACCACUCCGUUAAAGGGCAAACUGCCCAUCCAGGCUGUUUGUGACUUCAAGCAGAUGGAGAUCACCGUCCACCGAGGAGAUGAAUGUGCUCUGCUGAACAACUCGCAGCCUCACAAGUGGAAGGUGCUGAACGAUAAAGGCUGCGAGUCGUCCGUCCCGUCCAUCUGCUUCCUGGUUCCGCCCACCAACAAGGAGGCGGUGAACAGCGUUGCCGGACUGGACGGAAACCUCCAGCGGCUGCAGACGAUGUGGCAGACGAUGUCCGUGGACAUGAAGAGUCUGUUGUCGUGGCAAUACCUGAUGAGAGACAUCCACAUCAUCAAGACCUGGAACAUCAGCAUGUUUAAGACCCUGAGGGUGGAGGAGUACCGCCUGGCUCUGAGGAACCUGGAGCAGCACUACCAGGACUUCCUGCGCGACUCCCAGGACUCGCAGAUGUUCGGGGCCGAGGACCGAAUGCAAGUGGAGUCCAACUACAACAAGGCCAACACGCACUACAACACGAUGGUCAGCACCGCAGAGCAAGGAUACGUGCCAGCCAGGACAGGUGAGCAAGAUGAGUCCAUUUGCAAGACCUACCUGACAAAGAUCAAGGAACUGCGUCUGAUGCUGGAGGGAUGCGAGAAUCGAACGGUGACGCGUCUUCGUCAGCCCGUGGACAAGGAGCCGCUGAAGGCCUGUGCCCAGAAGACCGCGGAGCAAAUGAAAGUUCAGUCUGAGUUGGAGGGCCUGAAGAAAGACUUGAGCUCCAUCGCUGAGAAGACGGAGGAGGUUCUGGUGUCUCCUCAGCAGUCGAGCUCGGCCCCGAUGCUGCGCUCGGAACUGGACGUCACCCUGAGGAAGAUGGACCACGUCUACGGCCUCUCGUCCGUCUACCUGGACAAGCUGAAGACCAUCGACGUCGUGAUCAGAAACACCAAAGACGCUGAGGACAGGCUGAAGAAUUAUGAGACUCGUCUGCGUGACGUCAGUAACGUGCCCGCGGAGGAGAAGGAGGUGGAGGAGCAUCGCACUCAGCUGAAGUCCAUGCGCGACGAAGCAGAGGCCGACCAGGUGGUGUUCGACCGCCUGCAGGACGAGCUCAGGAGAGCCUCGACCAUCAACGACAAGAUGACGAGGAUCCACAGCGAGCGGGACGGCGAGCUGGAGCAUUACCGUCAGCUGGUCAGCAGCCUCCUGGAGCGCUGGCAGGCCGUGUUCGCUCAGAUGGAGCUGAGGCUGAGGGAGCUCGACCUCCUCGGGCGCCACAUGACCUCCUACCGCAGGAGCUACGAGUGGCUCAUCCGAUGGCUCGGAGAGGCGAGGCAGAGGCAGGAGAAGGUCCAGGCCCUGCCGGUCGGUGACAGCAAGGCUCUCAAGGAGCAACUGGCAGAGGAGAAGAAACUCCUGGAAGAGAUCGAGACCAACAAGGACAAGAUUGAAAACUGCCACAAAGAUGCCAAAGCGUACAUCGACUCAGUGAAGGAUUAUGAAUUCCAGGUUUUGACCUACAAAGCCCUGCAAGAUCCAAUCGCAUCUCCUCUGAAGAAACCCAAAAUAGAGUGUGCGUCGGACAACAUCAUCCAGGAGUACGUCACCCUGAGAACACGCUACAGUGAACUCACGACUCUCAACAGCCAGUACAUUAAAUUCAUCAUGGAAACACAGCGCCGCCUGGAGAAUGAUGAGAAAGCUUCUGAGAAACUAAAAGAAGAGGAGAGGAGAAGGCUGGCCGAAAUACAGGCCGAGUUAGAGAAGCAGAAACAGUUGGCCGAGGCUCACGCUAAAUCUGUGGCCAAAGCAGAGCAAGAGGCGCAGGAGCUGAAGCUGAAGAUGAAUGAGGAGGCCGGCAAGAGGCAGGACGUGGCUGUGGACGCUGAGAAACAGAAGCAGAACAUACAGCAAGAGCUGCAUCACCUGAAGAGUCUGUCCGAGCAGGAGAUCAAGUCCAAGAAUCAGCAGCUAGAGGAGGCGCUGGUCAGCCGCAGGAAGAUUGAGGAGGAAAUCCACAUCAUCAGACUCCAGUUAGAGAUGACAAUAACACAGAAGACGACGUCCGAGUCUGAGUUACAGAAGCUCAGAGACAAGGCCGCGGAGGCUGAGCAGCUCAGGAAAGCUGCACAGGACGAGGCAGAGCGGCUUCGCAAGCAGGUCACCGAAGAGACUCAGAAGAAGAAAAAUGCUGAAGAUGAGCUCAAGCGUAAAUCUGACGCAGAAAAGGAAGCUGCCAAGCAAAAGCAGAGGGCACUGGAUGACCUGCAGAAAUUCAAAAUGCAAGCAGAGGAGGCCGAGAGGCGUAUGAAGCAGGCCGAGGAGGAGAAAAUCAGGCAGAUUAAGGUCGUGGAGGAGGUGGCACAGAAGAGUGCGGCCACACAUUUGCAAACCACAUCCAUGUCAUUCAAUGAAAAGGCAACAAAGCUCGAGGAAUCCCUUAAGAAAGAGCAGGGCACCGUUCUGAAGUUGCAGGAGGAAGCUGACAAACUUCGAAAACAACAGGAGGAGGCAAACAAAGCCAGGGAGCAAGCGGAGAAGGAGCUUGAAACCUGGAGGCAGAAAGCCAAUGAGGCUCUCCGCUUGAGGCUACAGGCCGAGGAGGAAGCCCAGAAGAAGAGUCAGGCCCAGGAGGAGGCAGAGAAGCAGAAGCUUGAGGCCGAGCGAGACGCCAAGAAACGGGGCAAAGCUGAAGAAGCUGCUCUUAAGCAGAAGGAGAAUGCAGAGAAAGAGUUGGAAAAACAGAGGAAAUUUGCAGAACAAAUAGCUCAGCACAAGCUGUCUGCAGAACAAGAGUGCAUCCGCUUAAAGGCCGACUUUGAACAUGCCGAGCAGCAGAGGGGCCUGUUGGAUAAUGAGCUCCAGCGUCUGAAAAACGAGGUGAACGCUGCUGAAAAGCAGAGGAAACAACUGGAGGACGAGCUGGCUAAAGUCCGGAGUGAAAUGGACGCCCUCCUGCACAUGAAGAUUCAAGCGGAGAAGGAGACGCUGUCAAAAACUGAGAAGAGCAAACAGCUUCUCGAGUCUGAGGUGCUGAAAAUGAAACAGCUUGCUGAGGAAGCCACCAGGCUGAGAUCGGUUGCCGAAGAAGCGAAGAAGCAGAGGCAGAUCGCGGAGGAUGAGGCGGCGCGGCAAAGAGCAGAGGCUGAAAAAAUACUCAAGGAAAAACUGGCUGCCAUCAACGAGGCGACACGUCUGAAGACUGAGGCAGAGAUGGCUCUAAAAGCUAAAGAGGCCGAGAAUGAAAGACUGAAAAGAAAAGCCGAGGAUGAAGCUUAUCAGAGGAAGAUGCUGGAGGACCAAGCUACUCAGCACAAACAAGACAUCGCGGAGAAAAUCACACACCUGCAGAGCUCGUCUGUUUCUGAGUUGGGGCGACAGAAGACUAUCGUGGAGGAAACGCUGAGGCAGAAGAAGGUGGUUGAAGAAGAAAUCCACAUCAUAAAGAUCAACUUUGAGAAAGCAUCAAAAGAGAAGUCCGAUUUAGAGUCGGAGUUGAAGAAACUGAAGGGUAUCGCAGAUGAAACGCAGAAAAGCAAACUCAAAGCUGAGGCGGAGGCAGAGAAACUGAAAAAGCUCGCAGCGGAGGAGGAGAAGAAAAGGAAAGAAGCCGAGGAGAAGGUGAAAAGGAUUACUGCAGCAGAAGAGGAGGCAGCAAGACAAUGCAAAGCCGCUCAGGAGGAAGUCCAGCGCCUCAAAAAGAAAGCUGCCGACGCGAAUAAACAGAAAGACAAGGCAGAGAAAGAUGCAGAGCAGCAGGUCAUUCUGGCCAAAGAGGCCGCACAGAAAUGCACGGCUGCAGAACAGAAAGCUCAAGAUGUUCUCAGCAAGAACAAAGAAGACACUCUCGCUCAGGAAAAGCUGAAAGACGAGUUUGAAAACUCCAAGAAACUUGCACAGGCGGCUGAGAAGGCCAAGGAGAAAGCAGAGAAAGAGGCGGCUCUGCUGCGUCAAAAAGCCGAGGAGGCUGAAAAACAGAAAAAAGCAGCGGAGGAUGAAGCUGCUAAACAGGCCAAAGCUCAAAAAGACACAGAGAAACUGAGGAAAGAGGCCGAGGUCGAGGCCUCGAAGAGAGCGGCAGCGGAGGCAGCAGCUCUGAAGCAGAAGAAGCAGGCGGAUGCAGAGAUGGUCAAGCACAAAAAAGAAGCAGAACAAGCACUUAAGCAGAAGUCUCAGGUGGAAAAGGAACUUACAGGGGUCAAACUGCAACUGGACGAGACGGAUAAGCAGAAAGCUUUGUUGGACGAGGAGCUUCAGAGAGUUAAAGGUGAAGUGAAUGAUGCCGUCAAACAAAAGGCGCAGGUGGAGGAUGAACUCGCCAAAGUCAAGAUCCAGAUGGACGAGCUCCUGAAGCUCAAGCUGAAAAUCGAGGAGGAAAACCGCCGCCUCAUGAAGAAGGACAAAGAUAAAACACAGAAAGUUCUUGCAGAGGAAGCAGAGAAAAUGAAGAGCUUGGCAGAGGAAGCUGCGAAACUCACUGUGGUGGCUGAAGAAACAGCCAGACAGAGGAUGAUGGCUGAGUCUGACCUGGCUGAGCAGAGGGCUCUUGCAGAGAAGAUACUGAAGGAGAAGAUGCAGGCCAUCCAAGAGGCCACCAAACUGAAAGCCGAGGCGGAGGAGCUCAAUAAACAAAAGAACCAGGCCCAGGAAAAGGCUAAAAAACUACAGGAGGACAAACAGCAGAUCCAGCAGCGUCUCGAUAAGGAGACGGAGGGUUUCCAGAAAUCCUUGGAGGCUGAGCGAAAGAGGCAGCUGGAAGUUUCAGCCGAGGCAGAGAAGCUGAGAUUGAAGGUGAAGGAGCUCAGUGACGCUCAGGCAAAAGCUGACGCGGAUGCAAAGAAAUUCAAGAAACAAGCCGAUGAGGCAAAAGCUCAGCUUCAAGCGACGGAGAAGCAAACUACAGAGACUGUUGUGCACAAGCUGGAGACACAGAGGCUCCAGAGCACCAGAGAGAUGGAUGACCUGGCGAAAAAAAUCGCUGACCUGGAGAAGGAGCGAGAGAAACUGAAAAAAGAGGCGGAGGCGGUUCAGAAAAAAUCUAAAGAGAUGGCAAAUGCCCAACAAGAGCAAAUUGAGCAACAGAAGGUCAAACUUCAGCAGACUUUCCUCACAGAGAAGGACGUAUUGCUGAAAAGAGAAAAGGCGGUGGAAGAUGAGAAGAAGAAGUUAGAGAAACAGCUCGAGGAUGAAAUGAACAAAGCCAAAGCUCUGAAAGAUGAACAAGAACGUCAGCGGAAGCUAAUGGAAGAAGAGAAGAAGAAACUCCAGGCCAUAAUGGAUGAAGCCGUAAAGAAACAGAAGGAUGCCGAAGCAGAGAUGAAAAACAAGCAGAAGGAAAUGGAAGUGCUUGAAAAGAAACGGCUCGAACAAGAAAAGCUCUUUGGAGAAGAAAACAAAAAGCUCAGGGAGAAACUUCAGAAUCUGGCGGUUGCCCCUAAACAGGUUGAAUCCCAAACAAAGGAUACUGAAGUCCAGACUGAUGAAGUCCCAGAGGACCAGUUAGUUGCCAUGACCAUGGUGGGAACAACAAAGAGUGUUUUCAAUGGUUCUGUUGAAGUGGACGCAGCGAAGAAAGAUGGACAAUCACCUUUAUCAUUUGAGGGAAUAAGAGAGAAGGUUCCUGCCGAGAGGCUCCACGACAUUGGGGUUUUAACCAAAAAGGAGUUCGACAAAUUGAAAAAGGGCAAAGUUUCUGUGCAAGACCUGGCAAAGACCGAUAAAGUCAAAUCAUGUCUUAAGGGUCAGAACUGUGUUGGAGGUGUCUUGACUCCAUCCAAAGAGAAAAUGAGUGUCUAUCAGGCCAUGACGGAGAACAGGAUUACUCCCAACACUGCCACGAUGCUGCUGGAGGCUCAGGCAGCUUCUGGUUACAUCGUCGAUCCAGUGAGAAAUAAACUCCUCUCUGUAGACGAGGCUGUUAAGGACGAGGUCAUUGGACCUGAGCUCCAUGAUAGGAUGCUCUCUGCAGAGAGAGCAGCCACUGGCUUCAAAGAUCCAUAUACUGGAGCCAAAAUCUCUCUCUUUGAGGCCAUGAAAAAGGGACUUAUCGAGAAGGAGCAGGCCACCAAAUACCUAGAUGUGCAGCUCGCAACUGGCGGCGUCAUUGACCCUAUCCAUAGUCACAGGGUACCCCUCCAGACGGCCUACAAGCAAGGUCAGUUUGACGCAGACAUGAAUAAGAAACUGGCCGAUCCCAGUGAUGAUAGCAAGUUAUUCAUCGACCCCAGCACUCAGGAGCAACUCACUUACAAACAGUUGCUGGACAGAUGUACCAAAGAUGCAGAGACAGGCCUGCUGAUAUUACCAGUAACCGACACAGCUGCUCAAAGUGAAAGAUACACAGAUGUGGAGGCCAAAGAGGUGCUCAGCAAGGCUCACGUUGAUGUGCCUUUUGGACGAUUCAAGGGAAAAACUGUCACCAUUUGGGAAGUCAUCAAUUCAGAAUAUUUCACUGAAGAGCAAAGGCGUCAACUGAUUCGCCAGUACAAGACAGGCAAGAUCACGGUGGAGAAGAUUAUUAAAAUAGUCCUCACUGUUGUGGAAGACAAGGAGAAAAACAAUGCAAAUGUGUUUAAUGGACUGAGGGCUCCAGUGUCUGCCAAUGAAUUGUUAGAGUCUAAGGUUAUAAACAAAGACUUGUUCAACAAGUUGAGUAACGGCAAGAUAACAGUUAAAGAGAUCUCUGAGAUGGAGUCUGUAAAGAAAGCACUUCAGGGAACAGCGAGCAUUGCCGGAGUGCUGAAUGAACAAACCAAGGAGAAAAUGCCAUUCUAUCAAGCUAUGAAGAAAGAGUUACUGUCACCGGAAACUGCACUGAACCUCCUUGAAGCUCAAGCAGCGACAGGGUUUGUAAUCGAUCCCGUCAAAAAUGAGAGGGUCCCUGUAGAUGAAGCUGUAAAAUCGGGUCUUGUAGGUCCAGAGCUGCAUGAGCGUCUUCUGUCUGCUGAGAGAGCUGUCAACGGCUACAAAGACCCGUAUACAGGAAAGAAGGUGUCUCUGUUUGAGGCGAUGAACAAAGGCCUUAUUAAGAGAGACCACGGCAUGCGUCUGCUCGAGGCACAACUCUCAACCGGUGGAAUUAUUGACCCCGUUAAAAGCUAUCGCAUCCCACAUGAGGUCGCCUGCAAGCGAGGAUAUUUGGAUGAGGAAACCUCCAAGACCCUGAACAAGAGCACUGAUGAAACAAAGGUCUUUUAUGAUCCUAACUCACAAGAGGAUGCGACCUACACACAGCUCAUGAACAAAUGUGUCACUGAUAAAGAAACUGGACUCCCGUUGCUUUCCCUCUCAAAGAAGGCUGCAAAGCCCAAAGAAGACAAACAGAUUACACAGGCUAAGAUUACUGAGGCUAAGAUUACAGAGGCUAAAACAGAAGAGGCGCUUAAUCUGUCAACUAUGGAGCUGGAGUAUGGAGCUUUCAAAGGAAGAAAGGUCACCAUUUGGGAGAUCAUACACUCUGAAUACAUCACUGAGGAGCAAAGAAUACAGCUUAUUCGACAGUACAGAAUGGGACAGGUGACAAUUGAAAGGUUGAUACAGAUUGUAAUAACGAUGGUUGACGAAAAGGAGGACAAAACCAAGGAAGGCGUCUAUUUUGAAGGCCUCAGGGCGCCGGUCGCUGCCAGCUCAUUACUCGAUUCCAACAUCAUCGACAAGGCGACAUUUGAUCAACUCGAACAGGGUAAAAAGACGCCUAAAGCAGUCGGUGAAACUGACAAGGUCAGAAAGUACCUGCAGGGCACAGACCGCAUUGAUGGUGUCACCAUGGAAGAUUCAAACGAGAAGCUAAGCAUUUAUCAAGCAAUGAAAAAGAACGCUUUACAACAAAACACUGGGCUUGCACUGCUGGAGGCCCAAGCUGGAACUGGUUUCAUAACUGAUCCAGUCAAGAAUUUGAAAUACUCUGUGGAUGAUGCUGUGAAGGCUGGAGUUGUUGGCCCAGAGCUUCAUGAGAAACUUCUCUCAGCUGAAAAGGCAGUGACAGGAUACAAAGAUCCAUAUACAGGCAACAAGAUUUCUCUAUUCCAAGCCAUGAAGAAAGAACUUGUUCUGAGGGAGCAUGCUAUUCCUCUCCUGGAAGCUCAGAUUACUACCGGAGGGAUCAUUGAUCCAGUCAGCAGCCACCGUGUUCCCAAUGACGUGGCCAUUCAGCGUGGCUACUUCAGUAAACAAAUGGCCAAGUCCUUCAAUGAACCUUCAGGUGACAUUAAAGGCUUCACCAAUCCCAACACCAAUGAAAGUGUCACUUACAAGCAGUUGCUGGAGAAAUGUGCAAGAGAUCCCACCUCUGGUUUGUGCUACCUGCCUCUGUCUAAAGUCGAGGCCCCUGCUCCCGUCGAGAAAUCCUAUCAGUACACAGAAGAACAAGCCCAAACAGAUCUAGCCAACACUCAAAUCGAGAUCCCUCAUAAGAGUUUUGCAGGACAGAGUAUGACCAUUUGGGAAGUCAUGAAUUCAAAUAUGCUUCCAGAGAAAGAGAGACAGCGCCUCCUGGAGCAGUAUCGCUUGGGGCUAAUCACAAAAGAGAGAAUGCUCAUCAUCAUCAUUGAAAUAAUUGACCACAGAGAGACAAUAAAGUCAGAUCAGGGCAUGUCCUGUGAUGUCAUCAGAAGAAGAGUUACUAUUGAGGAGCUUUACAGUGCUCGAAUUAUUGACUUGCAAACCUACAACCUCCUCAAGCAAGAAAAGAUGUCUAUCCGUGAGAUCAUGGAAAUGGAAUCAGUCAAACGGUACCUCUUUGGCACUGGUUGUAUUGCUGGCAUUAUGUCAGACAGUCCAUCAAAGAUCAGCAUUUACCAGGCCAUGAAGAGUGGACACAUUCAGCCCGAAGUCGCUUUGAAUCUCCUCGAGGCCCAAGCAGCAACAGGGUUCAUGAUUGAUCCAGUCAAGGAUGAGCUUCUAACUGUUGAUGAAGCUGUGCGCAAAGGUCUUGUGGGCCCUGAACUCCAUGACAAACUUCUCUCUGCUGAGAGAGCAGUCACCGGCUACAAGGAUCCGUACACUGGAAAAGUGAUUUCUCUCUUCCAAGCCAUGAAAAAAGACCUGAUUCCUGAGGAUUAUGCCUUGAGGCUUUUGGAGGCCCAGAAUGCCACUGGUGGAUUCAUGGAUCCUGAAUACUACUUCCACCUCCCCACAGACGUAGCUAUGCAGCGUGGAUACAUCAACAAAGAGACACUUGACAAAAUUUCCGAACCUACCGGGGAUGUGCGUGGAUACACCGAUCCAACAACAGACGAGAAGCAGUCCUAUGCCCAGCUGCUGAAAAGAUGCAGAGUGGACAAAGCAAGUGGUUUGAGGCUGCUCUCUCUGGCAGACAGAAAACUCCUCUUCAAGGGUCUCAGAAAGCAAAUCACUGUGGAUGAGCUGCUUCGUUCACAGAUUAUCACCCAAAAGACAUACAACGACCUCAUUGAAGGCAUCAUUUCAGUGGAGGAAGUCAGCAGAGAAGUGAAGAAAUACCUCGAGGGUACCAGUUGUAUUGCUGGUGUGUACGUAGAAUCUAGCAAAGAUCGGCUGUCUAUUUAUCAAGCAAUGAAGAAGAACAUGAUCAGACCAGGAACUGCCUUUGAGCUCCUUGAGGCUCAAGCCGCCACAGGAUAUGUAAUUGAUCCAAUCAAGAACCUUAAACUAAAUGUCACGGAGGCGGUGAAAAUGGGUGUUGUUGGCCAGGAGUUUAAAGAUAAACUGGUCUCAGCUGAACGAGCUGUCACUGGCUACAAGGACCCUUAUUCUGGCAAAGUCAUCUCUCUAUUCCAGGCAAUGAAAAAGGGCCUCAUUCUCAAAGACCACGGCGUCCGUCUGCUAGAGGCUCAGAUUGCCACUGGUGGGAUCAUUGAUCCACAGGAGAGCCAUCGACUGCCAGUUGAAUCGGCAUAUGAGCGUGGCCUCUUUGAUGAGGAAAUGAAUGGAAUCCUCACCGACCCAUCUGAUGACACAAAGGGCUUCUUUGACCCCAACACUGAGGAAAAUCUCACCUACCUCCAGCUGAUGGAGAGAUGUAUGACAGACCCAGAAACAGGCCUUGCUCUGCUGCUGCUGAAAGAGAAGAAGCGCGAGAGGAAGACAUCGUCCAAGUCGUCUGUUCGUAAACGUCGGGUCGUCAUCGUCGAUCCAGAGACCGGUAAAGAGAUGUCUGUGUAUGAGGCGUACCAGAAAGGACUUAUUGACCACCAGACAUAUCAAGAGCUUGCAGAGCAGGAGUGUGAAUGGGAGGAGAUCACCAUCACCUCAUCUGACGGAGUUGUGAAAUCCAUGAUCACUGACAGACGGUCUGGUCGGCAGUAUGACAUCGAUGAUGCAAUCUCACGCGGCCUGAUUGACAAGUCAGCUCUGGAGCAAUACAGAGCAGGAACUCUCUCCAUCACAGAGUUCGCAGACAUGUUGUCUGGGAACAUGAGUGGUUCCAGGUCACGUUCCUCCUCCUUUGGCUCCUCUUCUUCCUACCCCAUGAGCCCAGCACCCGCCAUAAAAACACCAGCAACUACAUGGGUCGAUCCCACAGAGGAAACUGGCCCUGUAGCUGGAAUCUUAGACACAGAAACACUGGAGAAGGUGUCCAUCACUGAGGCCAUUCACAGAAACCUUGUGGACAACAUAACAGGCCAGAGGUUGCUGGAAGCGCAGGCCUGCACAGGAGGCAUCCUGGACCCAAGUACUGGAGAGAAAUUUGCUGUUGCAGAUGCAAUGAACAAAGGGCUUGUGGAUAAGAUUAUGGUGGACCGCAUCACUCUGGCACAGAAGGCCUACAAUGGGUUUGAAGAUCCUAGAACAAAAUCCAAAAUGUCAGCAGCUCAAGCUCUGAAGAAAGGCUGGCUGUACUAUGAGGCCGGGCAGCGCUUCCUGGAGGUCCAGUAUCUUACUGGUGGUUUAAUUGAACCAGAUGUUACCAGCAGAGUAUCCGUAGAUGAGGCAGUGAAGAAAGGCACCUUAGAUGCACGCACUGCACAAAAGCUGCGAGAUGUUAGUGCGUACUCCAAAUACCUUACAUGCCCUAAAACCAAGCUUAAGAUCUCUUACAAGGAUGCAAUGGAAAGAAGCAUGAUAGAGGAGGGGACCGGUCUCCGACUCCUCGAAGCAGCCUCUCAGUCUAGCAAAGGCCUUUACAGCCCCUAUAGCAUCAGUGGGUCAGGUUCCGCUAGUGGGUCACACUCUGGUUCAAGAACUGGAUCCAGGUCGGGCUCCAGAAGAGGCAGCUUUGACGCCACAGGAUCAAGUUUCACCACAACCACCUUCUCGUCCUCCUACAGUUCCCCCAGUUACACUCGUCGAUACUGAUGAGAAAGAAUACACUAUCAAACCACAGUGCUCACAAGAUGCCUAAAUCAGUGGAAUAAAGACUUCCUGUAUUCUGCUCUGCAUGUGGUUGUUACAGUACUUUUAAUAUUUAAUUUUUUUUACAAGUUGCAUAAUUUGGAUGUUUGUAUAUUUCACAUAUUUUACUUCUAGUUAUGUUUAUGCUACUUUAUGAGACGUUGAUUUUACUGCAAGAUUAUGUAACGGUGGAUUAUUAUAUCCAAUAUCUAUCAGAAACAUUUUUAACUGUAUGUUUUUUGGUUUAAUAUCACAAGCAUCAAUUUUUCCACAAACAUGAAUUUAACGAACCAAAUUAAGUGCACACACAGACAGAGUUUCUUUGUACAUGCAUGUAUUUCUGAAUUGUAAAAAUCUGGUUAAAGAAAGAUAAAAUCCACUCUGCAGAGCAGAAUUAGGAGUCUCUCCCCAAGAUGAACGACACCUAGUGUCUGCUUUAAGAAUGACAAGCUUCAAGAUCUUUUCUCAGUGGGCCACACUGACACAUAUACUCCACCAGUAUCCGGACUCCAGUGCAUUCCCAACGGGGUGUCGUCAAAACCUGCAGUUGCAGCAACAUGCAAACCUUAUGAAAUGAACUCCCAAAGAUAAAAACUCCUACAAAUGGAAGGAAUAUGCAGCCUGAUAUGACCAUUAACACCAUCCUGGACUUAACAUCCAACCUCAAGACAAACACAUGAAAGUCCCAGCCGUGUUGGACACUUACAACAGGUUUCGUCUCCAGCUCCUAUCAGAAGUCUUCCACAGACCCGAGGCUGUAACUCGGACUGUGACCUUUACUGUAAUCGACCACUUUAUGCAACACUCCAGAGAAAAACUUGGUUUAUUUUAACUGUGCAACCAUUUUGAACCUAUAGCAUCUACUCUAGAACUCAUUUAAAGGCCUAAAACCAUGCUUUGUAAGUGCCUGCAAAAUACUGUUUAACACUGUUGAGUAGUACGAGGUGGUUAGACUGUAAACUUGCAUGACUGAAGGAGCAAUGCUACUCAUAAAGUAUAAUUACUGUGUUAUCAGGUAAAGCUUUUGACAGUCCAGCUACAGUAUGUCACAAUCUGACUUUAAAAAUACUAACAGUUUGUUUCAGUGUCUCGUCACACGGGGCUGUAAUGUGUGGUUUGAAUGUUCAGUAGCUGAGAUUUGAAUAUUUUUCCUUCCCAGACAGGUAAUGUCUGUACUGUAUAUUGAUGAUGAUAUAGAGGACUAUUGCUGAAAGCCAUGAAUUAACAUUUCUUUGAGAAAGAUCUCCGAGCUUUGCCACCAGACCCAGUAUUUGUAUUUUCCACCACACGUACUUGUUUUGAAUUAAAUUCUUCUUCUCUGUAAAGCAGCACAUUUUGAUCUAUAUCAUUUUAUUUUCGUACUCUGUCGUGUAUCUCUGCUUUGCAUGAUUUACUAACAUUUACAAGGAGCGGGAAAAAAAAUAAAUAGUUGUAUUCGUUUAAAGCAUUUGUUUUAUUGCUACGUUUCAAGAGGUCUGAAGGAUGUAUUUUAAUCAGGGUCACGGAGCCUUGUUAAAAAAAAUGGUGUAUUUAUAAUAAAAUGGUGACAAGGAAUUUUAUUGUAACACCCUACGCUAUGUAAAUAAAGAUGGAAAUUACA